GCUAAAAAAAAAGGCUUUUGAGUUAUUGUUAAUGAACCAAGCCCUGCCAAUUAAAACCUACACUCAAUGAUGGGCAUUGUAUUCUGCUUGAUGGGAUUCCCAACCAUAUGUGUCUCGGUUUCUUUCCCCCUUUUCAUUGUUGUUUAUUAAUCCUUCCGUUUUGUUUCAACCUGCAAAUUGCUAACUUAUUAGGUAUAGCAAGCUUUGGAGUUGGUGGAAAUGAAACGGAUAAACAAGCUUUGCUGGAGUUCAAAGCCAAGAUCAGUAGUGAUCAGCUUGGCGUCAUGCAUUUGUGGAAUAACUCAGUCCAUUUCUGCCAUUGGCCUGGAAUUGCAUGCAGUCGCCGACGUCAGAGAGUAAUCGAGUUAGACUUGCAAUCAUGGAAACUCGUGGGGCCGAUCUCACCAUUUAUUGGAAACUUGAGCUUUCUAAAAGUGUUAAAUCUUCAAAACAAUAGCUUCAGCCAUGAAAUCCCACAAGAAGUUGGCCGUUUGCGCAGAUUGCAAGAGUUGAAACUUUCCAACAACUCCAUAGUUGGUGAAAUUCCUUCCAAUAUUUCAGGUUGCUUUAAACUUCGAGUUAUUCAGCUUUCAAACAACCAACUAGUUGGAGAAAUUCCUGUCGUUAUUGGCAGCUUGUCAAACCUAAAGGUAGUAUCUUUAUACCACAACAGUUUAAGCGGUAGUAUCCCGCUUUCUUUUGGUAACCUAACAUCUUUGGAGAUACUUUCUCUCGCUCAAAACAGAUUGAGUAGUGCUAUUCCUGAAACUCUUGACCAACUCUCAAAUCUUACAUUUUUUUCUGUGGCAGAAAAUGAACUUUCUGGUCUUGUUCCUUCCUCUCUUUUCAAUCUCUCCAAUCUAGAAACUCUUGAUAUUGGCUCAAACCGAAUUCAAGGUACUCUUCCUUGGGACCUAGGAUUCACCAUACCCUCUCUUGAAAUACUUGCUGUCAGUAAUAACCAACUCACUGGGACGUUGCCUGCUUCAAUAUCCAAUGCCUCAAAUCUCCUACAACUUGAAGUUGUGCUAAACAAGUUUACCGGAAAUUUGCCUUCCUUCGACAAGCUGGAAAAGCUACAGUGGUUUGCCAUUGCUGGCAACCUUCUUGGAAGUAGGGGAGCCGAUGACUUGAACUUUCUUUGCACCUUGACCAAUGCCACAGACCUACAGGUGUUGAAUAUGAACAAAAACGCUUUUGGGGGGAUAAUACCUGAGUGUAUAAGAAAUUUGUCAAUAAAUCUGGAAAUUUUUACCAUAAACAAUAAUGAAAUAUGGGGAAGAAUUCCAGCUGGGAUCGGGAAUCUCAUCAACUUGGAAAUGCUAACAACAAAUAACAAUCAAUUAUCAGGUCACAUUCCCCCUAUAAUCGGAGUGCUCCAGAAGCUAAAGGUGUUCGAUGUAAGAGAAAAUUCUCUGUCCGGGUGUAUUCCCCUUUCUUUUGGAAAUUUAACGAUGUUGAUCAAUCUGAAUUUAGGUCACAACAAUUUUCAGGGCAUCAUUCCUCCGAGUCUUAGUAAAUGCAAAAGUCUGAUUUCAUUGGAUCUUUCUAAUAACAACCUUAUUGGUUCUAUACUCCCAGAAUUAUUAGCUGGUCUCUCAUCUUUGUCCAUUGCUCUAGACUUUUCUUCAAAUCAUUUGACUGGUGUACUGCCCACUGAAGUAGGAAAUUUGAAAGAUCUUGGUGCAUUAGAUGUUUCUUGGAACAUGUUAUCAGGUGUGCUUCCAAGCACUCUUGGAAGUUGUAUUAGACUGGAGGAACUAGUUCUAGGGGGCAAUUUUUUCCAGGGGUCUAUUCGUAACUCUUUGAGUUUAUUGAGAGGACUUGCAGUUUUAGAACUUUCUCACAACAACCUCUCAGGUGGAAUUCCAAAAUUUUUGGGGAGUUUUGGGUCAUUGCAAAUUUUGAAUCUUUCUUAUAAUGAUUUUGAAGGUGCUGUACCAACUGAAGGAGUUUUUAGCAACUCAAGUGCGACUUUCAUUCAGGGAAACAGUAAGCUUUGUGGAGGCUUACCUGAGUUCCACUUGCCUAGAUGUAAAAUGUCGUCGAGGAGUAGAACCAGCUUGCCAAAAAUAAAAAUUAUUAUUGUUUCUGGAAUUAUAGGAGUAACUUUGGUCUUCUCCUUGCUUGUUCUGGUUUGGUUUAGGAAGAAAAGAAAGCAGUCUACACCGAACUAUUUGGAAAAUUCACCUUUAUGGUUAUCUUACCAAAGCAUCCUCAAAGCUACCGACGGGUUUUCAUCAGCAAAUUUGGUAGGUGCCGGUAGCUUUGGUUCUGUAUAUAAAGGAAUUCUCGAAGAAAAUGGAACACUUCUUGCUGUCAAGGUGCUUAAUCGUUUGAACCACAGAGCAUCCAAGAGUUUCAUACGUGAAUGUGAGGCCCUGAGGAGUGUUAGACAUCGAAAUCUUGUCAAGAUAUUAACUGCCUGCUCGAGUGUUGAUUAUCAAGGCAAUGAUUUUAAGGCUCUUGUUUAUGAGUUCAUGGUGCAUGGAAGCCUAGAAGAUUGGCUGCAUCCAUCUGUUGGCACGAACAUAGCAGAGGAAGCACCAAAGAAGUUGGAGUUUUCUCAGAGAUUGAAUGUUGCUGUUGAUGUUGCUUGCGCAUUGGAGUAUCUUCAUCAUCAUUGCGAAACAUCAAUUGUUCAUUGUGACCUCAAACCAAGCAAUAUUCUACUUGAUGAUGAAAUGGUUGGCCAUGUAGGUGACUUUGGAUUAGCAAAAUUCAUGUCAGCCGAUAUGCAAAAUUACUCUACAAGCCUAUCAAGCUCAUUAAGAGGAACUAUUGGUUACGUCGCACCAGAAUAUGGCUUGGGAAAUAAGAUAUCUACCUGUAGUGAUGUGUACAGCUAUGGCAUCCUUUUGUUGGAGAUGUUUACUGGGAAGAGGCCGACCGAUGACAUGUUUAAAGAGGAUUUGAACCUCCACAACUACGUUAAGCUAGCUUUACCAGAAAGAGUGGCUGAGAUUACAGAUCCCAUUCUUCUUCAAGAAAUAGUCAAUCACAGCAAGCAGAGAGUUGAGAGAUUCCUUCACUGCUUGAUUUCAAUAUUUGGUAUUGGAGUCACUUGUUCUGCUAAAUCGCCAAGCGAGCGAAUGAACAUGACUAAUGUUACAGCUGAGCUUUGUUCUGUCAGAGAUAAGCUUCUUCCAACUCGAUUACCACAUUGA